UCGGUAUCUGCGGCGUGGACUUUUUGCAGAAUUUCAGAUCCGCCAAAGAAACCCAAAGGACGCAGAAAGAGAAGUUGAGAAAAAGCAAAAGCGAAAACAGAAGAAGAAGAAGAAGAAGAAGAUGAAAGUCACUUACGAUUAUAAGUUUUUGUUUUUUGUUUGGAUAGAGAGAAAGUAAAAAGUGGAAAUAUUUAUACAUAAUCAUUGUUGCAACUUUUUUCAGCCUAAUUUUAAUGGCUGAAAAUGGAGCCCAGCGGCAGCAGCAGCAGCCGCCUCUACCGGCGGCAUCGUCUUCUUCAUCUCCUCCGAAAAAUUCUUCCCCUGCUUCUUCCCGCCCUACCACCAUCACUCUCCCUCCUCGCUCCUUUAACGAAACGAUCUUUAACACUGGCUCCGGCAUCGGUGUCAAUAUGGGAUUAGGCUUCAGUCCUGGCCCUAUGACUCUCGUUUCUAGCUUCUUCUCCGAUUCUGAUGACUUCAAAUCUUUCUCCCAGCUUCUUGCAGGCGCCAUGGCCUCUCCUGCCGCUGCCAACAAUAAUAACAAACUUUCCUUUCCUUCUCCUCCCCUUCUUCAGGAGGAUAAAAGCUCCGCUGCUGACGUCAGCAAGCCGAACAAUUUAUCCAUUGUUCCGCCACCGCCGAUGUUCUCUUUGACUCCGGGGCUUAGCCCGAUGGCUCUCCUUGACACGCCGGGGUUGGGACUCUUUUCUCCUCAGGGACCAUUUGGAAUGACUCACCAGCAGGCCCUGGCACAGGUUACUGCCCAGGCAGCACAAGCUCAUUCCCAUAUGCACGUUCAAGCACAAUAUCCAUCUACAUUAUCAUCUGCAUCAACAUCUUUAACACAAGUUACAUCUGUCAGUACUAAUACAACAACUCGCCAGGAGAUGCUAACCUCAGUGCAAGACCCUAGUUCAUCUGUGAAGGAAUCGUCAGACUUCUCAUAUUCUGAUCAGAGAUUCCAGGCUUCUUCACUUGCUGUCGACAAGCCUGCUGAUGAUGGCUACAAUUGGCGAAAAUAUGGGCAGAAACAGGUGAAAGGCAGUGAAUUUCCUCGAAGUUAUUAUAAAUGCACACAUCCCAAUUGUCCUGUCAAGAAAAAGGUUGAGCGAUCUCUUGAUGGUCAAGUGACUGAAAUUAUCUACAAGGGGCAGCAUAACCAUCAACCUCCCCAACCCAAUAAGCGUGCAAAGGAUGCUGGAACCUCAAAUGGAAAUUCAGAUAACCAGAGUAAUUUUGAACUAGCUUCUCAAUUGCAAGGUGGAAACGUGAAUAAAUUGAAAGAUAGAAAGGAUCAAGAAUCAAGCCAGGCUACACCCGAACAUUUAUCUGGGACAAGUGACAGUGAGGAAGUUGGUGACACUGAAACUGGUAUGAAAGAAAAUGAUGAAGAUGAACCUGAUCGCAAGAGAAGAAAUACAGAAGUCAGAGUAACAGAGCCAGCUUCUUCACAUAGAACUGUUACCGAGCCUAGAAUCAUUGUGCAGACUACCAGUGAAGUUGAUCUCUUGGAUGAUGGCUAUAGAUGGCGAAAAUAUGGACAGAAAGUUGUGAAAUGCAAUCCUUAUCCAAGGAGCUACUACAAAUGCACAACCCCUGGCUGCAAAGUCCGUAAACAUGUCGAAAGAGCUGCAACAGACCCAAAAGCAGUUAUAACAACAUAUGAAGGCAAACAUAAUCAUGAUUUACCAGCAGCUAAAGGGAGCAUCCACAGCACAGUCAAUAGUAACUCAGCAGAGUUAAAACAGCAAGAUAUGGAGAAGCAAGAUAACAGGAGAGACCUUGGUUCCAAUAAUCAACAACCUAUUGCACGGUUGCGUUUAAAAGAAGGGCAGAUAACAUAGUUUUCUUCUGGGAACAUCGGCAAGAUACAUCUGCUGAAAUUUGUUUCUCAUGACUCGGUUGCGUUUAAAAGAAGGGCAGAUACAUAGUUUUGUUCUGGGAACAUCUGCAAGAUACAUUUGCUGAAAUUUGUUUCUCAUGACUUACAAGGCCAUUGUGUUGAUCAAGGCCCAUGUCACCAACUACUAUAUACACGAUAAACAGAAAACCAUAAAUAGAAGAUAAAGAGAAGUCAAUCUAGGUCAAAGUUUCUUGGAUUGAGUUAGAAGACAAUAUUGUUUUAUGUAAACAGUUUAGAAGGUAUAUUUUUCAUUUAAAUGAUGUUCUGUGCAUUCUUUUGUACAAUAUUUAGAAGCCAUGUUGCAUAUAGUUCUCAAUUGUUCCUUUUGGAUUCAAUAUUUGACGAUGCAGAUAUUUUUCAGUAC